CAAAAAUCAUAUCACGCUCGCUUUGUUUACAAAGCAGUCAAAAUACUCGAAUCUGUUAGUUUUACAUAACUCAAAAACUAUAUAAAUUGUAAAAAAUAACUGAUUUUUGUCGACUAAACGAACGUUAGAAAUGGCCAAUCCCCCGUCGCGAAGUCUAAUGAAAAUCCUGUUCAGUAAUUUCAUAAAUUCGUUAAAACCUCGACAGCUGAAGGGCAACUUCAUGGGAGAAGACUACCUUGGAAAUAAGUACUUCGAGAUACCGGCGAAUCCAUCAUUGGGCCAGCGAAGAGCGCAGCGCUGGUUCGAACCAAGUGAAAAAGAGGCCUACAAUCAGGAGGUCACGGCCGAAUGGGAAGCCUGGCUCCGUGGAAGGAGGAAGGAAGCACCUACUGAACAGGAGUUGAUGCGCAACCUAGCCAUCAUGAAGAUGAAGGAGAAAAACGCGGCCGAGUUGGAAGCCAAAUAUAGCAAACCGAAAGACUUGGCCGAACUACCGAAGAACCCCACUGGAAUGGGAUCGUUUCCACAGUAUGAUGAAUAUGAAAUUAUGCCCGGGAAGAAGAAGAAUGAAAAGUAGAAUCGAAAUUGAAGGAUAUAUCGGAUCAAACUGAACUCCUGGUGAUGUCAGUUUUAAAAUAAUAGAUUAAUUUAUUUGUUACUGAAGAGAAGCGUAAUUGUGUAUAUACAAUUAUAUUAGUAAGGAUAAUAAAUUGUUUUUCGAAAA